CGGAGGAGGCGGAGCGGGAAGGGGUGGGGUCCGCUCGCGGCCCUGCCCAGCGAGGUGGGGCCUCGGACCCCGCCCGGCGCUGCCGGGGAGAACGACCAGGGCCGACCUGCCUGCCUGGGGAUUCGCUGCCUCCGUCAUGUUCUCCCUCCGAGCCCCCAAAGCCACCUUCAAGUCGUACCUGUUGCCGCAGGCUGAAGACAAGAUAAUUCCGGAGCCUCGACUUAAGAAACUGGAGCCUGUCCUACUGCCAGGUGAAAUUGUGGUGAACGAAGUGAACUUUGUGAGGAAAUGCAUCGCAACGGAUACAAGCCAAUACGACCUCUGGGGGAAACUGGUCUGCAGCAACUUCAAGAUAUCCUUCAUCACAGAUGACACCCUCCCUCUUCAGAAAUUCCAGUACAAAAAUCUCCUCCUGGGAGAACACGAUGUUGCCUUGACGUGUGUAGAGCAAAUCGUCACAGUGAACGAUACCAAGAGGAAGCAGAAAGUCUUAGGCCCCAACCAAAAGCUGAAGUUUAAUCCAACGGAAUUAAUUAUUUACUGCAAAGACUUUCGCAUUGUCCGUUUUCGUUUUGAUGAAGCUGGCCCGGAAAGUGCUAAAAAGGUGUGCCUUGCAAUAGCACACUACUCACAACCGGCAGACCUCCAGCUGCUCUUUGCAUUUGAAUAUGUGGGCAAGAAAUACCACAAUCCAGCAAAAAAGGUGAAUGGAAUAGACCCUGGAGGAGGAGGAGGAGGAGGAGGAGGAAGAGGUGGUUAUAGCCUUUACCAUCAGACUCCCUUGUUUGAAACGUUCUCAGACUGGGACAGGGAGAUCAAGAGGACGGGAGCAUCCGAGUGGCGGGUCUGUUCAGUCAACGAAGGCUACAUGAUAUCCACCAGUCUUCCAGAAUAUUUUGUGGUGCCUUCCUCGCUGGCGGAUCAAGACCUGAAGCUAUAUUCUCACGCCUUCACGGGACGACGGAUGCCAAUGUGGUGUUGGAACCAUUCCAACGGGAACGCUCUGGUGAGAGUGGCCCACAUCAAGGACAGCCUACAGCAACGAAAAAUAGACCAACGGAUUUGCAAUGCUGUCACCAGAAGUCAUCCGCAGAGGAGUGACGUCUACAAAUCCGACUUGGAUAAAUGCCUGCCAAGUAUUCAAGAAAUCCAGACGGCUUUCCUCAAACUGAAGCAGUUAUGUGUGAAUGAGCCUUUUGAAGAAACAGAGGAGAAGUGGCUGUCCUUGCUAGAUAGUUCACAUUGGCUGGAAUACGUGAGAAUCUUCCUGAAGCUUUCUGCAGAACUGGUCUACAUGCUGGACAGCAAACACGUUUCGGUAAUUUUGCAAGAGGAAGAAGGGCGAGACCUAAGCUGCUGUGUGGCAUCUCUUGUCCAAGUGAUGUUGGAUCCCCAUUUUCGGACCAUCGCUGGAUUUCAGAGCCUGAUUCAGAAGGAGUGGGUCAUGGCGGGACACCCGUUUCUGGACCGAUGCAAUCACUUGAAGAAAUCUGACAAAGAGUCUCCUUUGUUCCUGGUGUUCCUUGACUGUGUCUGGCAGCUGCUUGAGCAGUACCCAUCGGCCUUUGAGUUUUCCGAAGUCUACUUGACCAUAUUGUACGACAGCACACGGAUCUCACUGUUUGGUACUUUCCUCUUCAAUUCUCCGCAUCAGAGAGUGAAGCAAAGCACGGAAUUUGCCAUCAGCAAAAAUAUUCAGCUGGGUGAUGAGAAAGGCCUGAAAUUUCCUUCCGUUUGGGAUUGGUCCCUUCAGCUCACCCCACGGGAUCGCCUGCUCUUUCACAACCCCCUGUACAUUGGCAAGAGCACACCAUGUGUGUGCAACGGGACCGUGAAAACCUUCAAACGGUCAAAGAAGAACUACAGCUCAACCCUCAGAGGCUUCCCGUCUUCCCUCAAGAACGGCAUCAUCAACGAACAAGACUUCUUUCCCCGAAGAAACUCCCUGAUCCUCAAGCUGAAGCCCGACUUCCUUCAUCACAUGGACAACGCGACCAACGGCAUGGAACAGUAUUUCCGAGACUGGUUCUCCAAGCCAGCGGACCUUCACGGUGUGAUCCUACCCCGCCUCUCCGGGACACAGAUCAAACUCUGGAAACUCUGCUACUUCCGUUGGAUCCCCGAGGCCCAGAUCAAGCACGGGGGUUUCAUCACAGCCUUCCACAAAAUCUCUCUGUUGGCCGACGAGGUGGAGUCCUUGAACCAGAGCUUGAGGCAACACAACGGCAGCCCGCCAUUGUUGGCCAACGCAUCCGAGCAGGACCAGGGUCGCCUCUACUUCCGAGCCCACAGGCUCAAUGACAGUCCCACCACGCCAGACUUCCUCUCUUCUGCUUUUCCAUUCUCCCCUGUGGGCAACCUUUGUCGGCGUAGCAUCCUGGGCACGCCCCUGAGCAAAUUCUUAAGCGGUGCCAAAAUCUGGUUGUCCACUGAGACCCUGGCCAAUGAAGACUAACCCUGGGAGCGAACGAAGAAGAAACGGCGGUCUUAAUCCGACACCGCUAGCCAGAAGCUGCCCUAACUUUAUAGACCACGUUGAUGUUUUUGCACAAAAGUAUUUAAAGGCAAAAUCCUUGUGUUUUCAUAAUGCACAGAAUAUUAUUAUUAUUAUUAUUUUUGUUUUGUUGUAACGUUGCAGCCGAUCGGUUGAUCGUCUUGUCUUAGUUUCACCCAUGAUUCUUCCUGCUGUCUUGGUUGAUAGGGCAAGUGCUUUGGGAAGUUGAUUCACCCUCCUGAUAACACCCAGGCCUCAAAAGUUGGGCUUUUCUGUUUUGUGAGGUUUCCUCUUUUGGAGUUGCUGGCUGAAGCCUGCAGCUUGACAAGAGGGAUGAAGGAAGAGAAAUAGCAAAGAAAA